GCUCGAUUCUUCGCACCAAAGAGAGGAAUAGAGGACAAGGGAAUGGCCAGCUCGAGCGCUCAGGCAGCGAUCCUCCAGCGGUCAGAGCCGGUCCCCGACGCAUUUCCAAAGGUUGUGGGACCCAACCUGGAUGAGCCACAAUCAAUAGAGUCGCUCUUGGCCAGCUAUGCAAAUGUGGGCUUCCAGGCGUCGGCCGUAUCGCAGGCCUGCGAGAUCAUAGAGCGCAUGAGAAAGUGGCGUCUGUCGGACGAGCCUGUGGCUGAGGAUGAGAUGGACGAGGCGCUCAAGGACCCAGCGGUGCGGAGCCAGAUUGGCGCAACAAUCUUUCUUGGCUACACAUCGAAUCUGAUUUCGUCUGGGCUGCGCGAAGUCAUACUGUUCCUCGUUAAGCACAAGUACGUCUCUGCGCUCGUCACGACGGCUGGUGGCAUCGAGGAAGACAUCAUCAAGUGUCUCGGCACCACGCACCUGGCUUCGUUUGAUCUCGAUGGCGCAACACUAAGAGCAAAGGGCCUCAACCGGAUUGGAAACCUCGUCGUACCCAACGACAACUACUGCAAAUUCGAAGACUGGGUCAUGCCCAUCCUUGAAAAGAUGAGAGAGGAGCAGGGCGACCACGUCGACAAUGUCUGGACGCCCAGCCGCAUCUGCCAGAGGCUCGGAAAGGAGAUCGACGACGAACGAAGCGUCCUCUACUGGGCCGCAAAGAACGACAUCCCCGUCUUCUGCCCAGCACUAACCGACGGUUCGUUGGGCGACAUGAUCUACUUUCACAGCUACAAGUCGCCCGGCCUCGUCGUCGACCUAGUCAAGGACAUCCGCCGCCUCAAUGACCUGAGCGUAAAGGCCAAAAAGGCCGGCAUGAUCAUCCUGGGCGGCGGUGUGUGCAAGCAUCAAAUUGCCAAUGCAAUGCUUUUCCGAAACGGGGCAGACUAUGCCGUCUAUAUCAAUACGGGCCAAGAGUUUGAUGGGUCCGACAGCGGCGCAAGACCCGACGAGGCCGUGAGCUGGGGCAAGAUCCGGAGCGCAGCCAGGGGAGGUCAGUCGGUCAAAGUCUACUGCGAUGCCACCAUCAUCUUCCCAAUCAUCGUCGCAAAUACCUUUGCCAAGGCGCACUGGGAGAGCGAGAGGCAGAGAGCCGAGGCCGGUGGAAGAAAUUGAACAGAAAGGUAAAGCUGCAUCGGUGGUUCCUAGCUUAUUGGCAGCCUGUAAUACUUGAUAGAGAUGCAAAUCUGUAUUCUACACGUGGAUAGCAUGGAAGGGGAAACGAAGUAAAGCCAUGAUGGUCGAGACUGAACGGGUCACCGCACCUCUCAGGGACUCAAAGUAGAAAAGAAAUCCUCACAUCGGUCUCUAGGGACAGGACAUGGCUGGACUCUAAAUUGCAAUGCUGU